GAGACGCCGCCGGAAGGGGCCGCCCCGCCGGUUUCCGCCCCGGCCCCGCCAUCGCGGCCGGCCCGGCGCGGCCCCAGCAUGUCCCGGGUGCCCGUGGGGAAGGUGCUGCUGCGGAACGUCAUCCGGCACACCGGGGCACACAACAAGCUUCAGGAAGAGACAGAAAUGUGGAAAAUAAGGGAGUGGGAGAAGCAGACAGAAGAGACUUACUGGAAAAGGCAAAGCAGAAUGCUGUCAGACACCUCCAGCAGCCGCAUGCGCAGCGAUGGCUUCGAUGAGGAGGGACACAGGGCUGAGUGGAAAACCAGGAACCCGCAGCUCCUUGACCUGGUGGAAGAUGAUCUCCUCAGGGCCCGAUCGUGGAAUAAAAAGCUCUACGAAUGUGAAGCCAACAUGCCAGACAGGUGGGGGCACAGUGGGUAUAAAGAGCUGUACCCUGAGGAAUUCGAUACAGACAGUGACCAGCAAGAAGGAGAUGAGCAAAACGCUGUCAAUGGGAAGAAGAAAUCCCACCUGGGGAAGCAGACUGCCCGUGAGUCCCACAAGAGGAAAAAAACAAAGAAAUCCCACAAGAAGAAGCAGAAAAAGCGCUCCCACAAAAAAAGGAAGAAAAAGAAAAAGGAGCAGGGGAAAACUUCCACAGAUUCCUCCCGGGAGAGCGAGUGCUCGGCAGAGGAGACUCCAGGCACCCGGAGGGGAAAACACAAGCGCAAGAAAAAGACCAGGAAAGUGCCUGCCAAGGAACCUACCUCUUCUUCUGGGCAGGACAGUGACUUUUCCCAUGCAAGCAGCUCAUGCACCAGCAGCUCUGAGGACAGUGAGUCUGAGGGGAGGAAAGAGAAACGGCCCCCAAGGAAGAGGAAGAAAGGUCCCAGCUCUGCGUCGGAGAGGCAGAGUGAAGUGCCAGAGAAGAGGAGCAAGAGGAAGAACUGGAAGGUGGCGGGUGAUGAGAAGUCUGAGGACAGCUCAGAUGAGGACUGACGGGCCUGGGCUGCAGCUCAAACUGUGAGGGGGAGGACAGGGCCGGGUAUUUAUUGUUCAGCACUGCCCUAUGGUACAACUUGUCCCAGCACUGUGGUUUAUGCCCAUCCUGCCAGCCCGCAGGCAGGAGCUGAGCCCUGGCAGCCUGCAGGAGGGGCUCCCUUGCUUUCCAGGGACUUGGCAUUCCGAAAUCCAGGAGAGCAGUUACCUGUCUGACAAGCAGGCUUGUCCUGCCAACUUCAGAUUCUUUCUCUGUGACCAGGUUGACCUCCGAUGCCCAAAAACAUUACAUGCUGUCUGCAGGGGGGAGGCAGGCACGUUUGCACCCUUUUUGGUGUUUUUUUUUUUUUUAAAUUAAGUUUUAACAGGUUGCUUUUCUGGAUUACCUAAAUAAUGGCACGGAGAGAGGUCAGACAACAAGUCUGACAGCAGAGGAGAUGCCACCGGAUUUAACCCCACAGUAGCUUUGUCUUCCCAUCCUGCACCAAAAGCAGACCUGUGGGGGCAUGCACAGGGUUAGCUGGACACAGCAGGGAGCUGAGGGAAUACUCUCAUUCCAGCUGAAGGUGCAGUGACUAAUUCCAUAAAGAUGAAGAAAAGACACCAGUGCAUUUGCUUGGUUUAGACUCCUCUCCCAAGCCUGCUGUGGGCUGGCCAUCAUGUCUACCUUCCUUCACUCUCUCUGGGGAUGCUGAAACCAUUUGUGCUGAAAGAGAGGCCUUGGUGGGUGUCGUGCUGUGUCUCUGGUGUGCCCAGUGUGUUACUGGAGAAACUGGUACUGGGCCUUUCUCCCUGCAGCGAACAGCCAAGCCUUUUAAUAAAACAAACCAACCCA